AUGGUGUUCAAGCGCUAUGUGGAAAUUGGAUGGGUGGCCUACAUUUCCUUCAGGCUACAUGCAGGAAAGCUGGUAGCAAUUGUGGAUGUUAUUGAUCAGAAUGGGGCUUUGGUGGAUGGCCCAUGCAGUGGGGUGCGGAGGCAGGCCAUGCCAUUUAAAUGUAUGCAGCUUACAGACUUCCUUCUCAAGUUCCCCCACAGUGCUUGUCAGAAGUAUGUCUGGGCUGCCUGGGAGAAAGAAAACAUCAAUACAAAAUGGAAAGCCACAAGAUGGGCCAAGAAGAUUGAAGCCAGAGAAAGGAAAGCCAAGAUGACAGAUUUUGAUUGUUAUCUGGUCAUGAAGCCCAAGAAGAUGAGAAACAGAAUGAUCAAGGAUGAAAUGAAGAAGCUCCAGAAGAUGGCUACCAAGAAGGGCUCUCUGAAGAAGGGAGCUGCCCAGAAGGCCCUGCCUUCAAAGGUCUCUGCCAAGAAGAUCCCCUCAAAGAAGGCUGAGGGUCAGAAGGCAGCCCUGGGCCAGAAGGCCCCAGCCAAGAAGGGAGUGGCUCAGAAGGCACCAGCUCAGAAGGCUUCAGCCCAGAAAGCAGCUGCUCCCAAGGCCAAAAAAUAAGGGGCUGCCAGAAAUCAAAUAAAGGUUUUGCUA